UUAUUAUUUUCACUCUCUGAGAACGAUGCCUACUCUUUUUUUUUCUUUUUUUUAAUCCUUUUUUCUCUUGAUUUUCUGGGCUGUACGUAGUGUUAUGUUUUUAGAGACCCUAAUUCUUUUAGAGGCCAAUUAUCAAACAGUUCUCAGGCAAUCUUUCUUCGUCGAUGGCGGCUACAGGUACACACUUCCUCUGCUACUCCCCAACCUUUACCAAAACCUUAAAUCACUCUCUCAACCAAAACCCAUUUUUCAAAAUCCCAACUUUAUCUCUCAAAACCACCCAAAAGCUGUCUCUCUCUCUUAAAGCCAUUCUCUCCCAAAACCCUGCAAAAGCCCUAAACCAAAACACCUCAUUUCAGCAUUGUUUCACCAAAUCCUCAGAUGGGUUUCUUUACUGUGAGGGCCUUAAGGUCCAGGAAGUCAUGGACUCUGUUGAGAAGAGGCCAUUCUAUCUCUACAGUAAGCCACAGAUAACUAGAAACUUUGAGGCUUAUAACCAGGCUUUGGAAGGUCUGAGCUCUAUUAUUGGGUAUGCUAUUAAGGCCAACAAUAACUUGAAGAUUUUGGAACAUUUGAGACAGCUUGGUUGUGGUGCUGUGCUUGUCAGUGGAAAUGAGCUGAGGCUGGCACUCCAUGCUGGUUUUGAUCCCACUAAGUGUAUUUUUAAUGGGAAUGGAAAACUUUUGGAGGAUUUGGUUUUAGCCGCCGAAGCUGGUGUUUUUGUUAAUGUUGAUAGUGAAUUUGACUUGGAGAAUAUUGUAGCAGCUGCAAGAAUAGCUGGCAAGAAGGUUAAUGUUUUACUUCGGAUCAACCCAGACGUGGACCCUCAAGUCCAUCCUUAUGUUGCCACUGGGAACAAGAACUCCAAAUUUGGUAUUAGAAAUGAGAAGUUGCAAUGGUUCUUGGAUGCUGUAAAGGCACAUCCUAAUGAGCUGAAGCUAGUGGGAGCUCAUUGCCAUCUUGGGUCCACCAUCACCAAGGUGGACAUAUUCAGGGAUGCUGCGGUUCUUAUGGUCAACUACAUUGACGAAAUCCGAGCUCAAGGUUUUGAAGUUGAUUACUUAAAUAUUGGAGGUGGACUUGGGAUAGAUUAUUAUCACGCUGGUGCCAUCCUUCCCACACCCAGAGAUCUAAUUGAUACUGUUCGAGAGCUGGUCCUUUCACGAAAUCUUAAACUCAUCAUUGAACCUGGGAGAUCAUUGAUUGCAAAUACUUGUUGCCUGGUUAAUCGCGUUACUGGGGUCAAAACUAAUGGAACAAAAAACUUUGUGGUGAUCGAUGGAAGCAUGGCUGAACUUAUCCGUCCUAGUCUUUAUGAUGCUUAUCAACACAUAGAGCUGGUUUCUCCUGCACCACCUGAUGCAGAGACCUCAACCUUUGAUGUGGUGGGCCCUGUCUGUGAGUCAGCAGAUUUCCUGGGAAAGGAUAGAGAACUUCCAACUCCAGCCAAGGGAACUGGUCUGGUUGUUCAUGAUGCUGGUGCUUACUGCAUGAGCAUGGCAUCAACUUAUAAUCUUAAGAUGCGCCCACCAGAGUACUGGGUUGAAGAAGACGGAUCAGUGACCAAAAUCCGGCAUGGAGAAACAUUUGGAGAUCAUUUAAGAUUCUUCAAAGGGCUUUAAUCAACAUCAUGGGUUGUGUCUGUAACUAUAGAUUAAGAUACCUGUGAUUCACUCUUGAUGCAUGGUUGCAUUAUUUCAUGCUGGAUGUUGUGAAUUUGAAUAUUGAAUUUGCAGAUGCAUUUUCUGUUUGCACCAGCCUCUUAUUUGAGAAGAAGCAUGAACUUAAAAUUUUCAAUAUUUUGAGAAAGGAAUAAUGAGAACUGAGAAGCCCUGAUAAAUCAACUAAAUAAGAUUUCUUCA